UAAUUCACCCAAUUUUCGUCUCACUUCUCUUUUCUUGAGAAGGGAAAAGGAAUUGAUGAGAUAGGAAUCCACGUUUCACAGCGAGUAGCCAUCCAAACAAAGUGCGAACCCCGAGAUAGUAAUUCAAAGCAAGCGCUCACUUUGUUUCAUCCAAAACCAGCUAAAAUCUCUAUUGAUAGUUCUCUUCCGCGAGGCGGCUGCACACAUGGAAUUAACUCACAUGGUUGCAGUUUCCAAUUUCUGCUAUCAAAAUCCCAGAAUUUGGAGCAGAACCCAAGCUCUUUCAUCAUCUCAGCAUUCAGUUUCACCACUUCCAUCAUCCUCUAACCGAUUUGCCCCCAAAACCCAUUUGAAUACUCUCCAAGAAGCUGCCAAACCAUAUGUUAGAACAACAAGCAAUGGCAUCAAGGAAGCCACUGUUAAUAUGCCAUCCAUGUCUGAUAUAUUGGCCUCCUCUAGAGCCCAGAACCUUGACGUUCAGCUCCGAACUUUAGGACCAUUGUUUAGGAUCACUGCUAAAAGCCUGGAGACCAACAGGGAACUUGGAAGAGCUGAGGGGAUCGUUAGGGUCUGGUUUGGAGGUAAAAUUCUGCACCUGGAUUCCAUUAGACUCAACAGAGAGACCCUAGGCAUGGAAAGAUCCAUUUUUGGUAUUGGUUUGUUUAUUGGAGCUGUAGCUAUUCGAUAUGGAUAUGACUGCGGUUGCAAGACUGCCGAGUUGCUUGCCAUCAACGACUCCGAUCUUUACCAUUCCAAGCUUGUUAGGUUCUACAAAAGGAUUGGGUUCAAGGCUGUGCAUGAAGUGACUGGUUCAACAAUUGGGGAUAUGCCCCAUAUGCUAAUGUGGGGAGGAGUUGGAACUCGAAUGGAUGCCAGUAUAGCUGAGCUUCUUGUAAAAUGGUGCAGCAGGUUCAAGUCCCAGGACUGAUUAUGUCGGAAUUAGUUGAUACUUCCAUGCUUUUAUCCAGCCCUGCUAUGAAAUUUUGGUUUGCAGUUUGGUAUGUUACUCUUACCCUCUGAAGAAGUUUUACUGCCAAGCUAGGGUCUUCUUUUGUUCAGCUCAGGCCUUGAUCAAGGAACUAAGGGGAGUUCUAGUCAGCAGAUCGGAUGGGACUAGGCAACUAAGGGAGAGUUUGAGAGUACCUUAAAGAGUUCAUAUCAGAUGUUUGAAUGCUCAAGCUGAUUACAAUAAUGCUUUGAAAUUAUUCUAUACAUUCCUCCUGGAAAUACCCCAACUACUGUCCAUUAUUGUGAUAAUGGAGAAUUGUUCUCAAUUUCAGUGAAUUUUGAUUGAAGUAGUUUCAUGAAUGGACUGUAUUAUGUCCAUUACUGUGACCAUUGUUUACAUGAAUUGAUACAGCUCACUUGAAUAAGAUAUCAGUUAAUUGAUAUAUGAAAUCGGAUUUUCAUGAAGCUGUAACCAUUUCACGGAAGGAUAGCCAUGCAUCUUUUUGUUGCGAAUUGGAAGGAACCAUAUAUUAGAAUCUUUGCCGCUGUUGAGAGAGCUAUCAUAGCAUGAGAUGAGAGCAAGAGCCAAUCCUAUUCUGGGGAUCUUGUCUAGAGCUUUCAUGUCGAGUUCACCAGCAAUGUUCAAGUAAGAGUUUAGUGUCACCUUUAAUGUUACUAAAUCAUUUAGAAUGCAUGAACUCCAGCUGCAUGGGAACUUUUUAGUUUCUGAGAACCUCUUAGUGACCUAGUCUUAAGUCACCCAUUUGAGCCCUGAACUUUACAUAUCAAGAAUCAAGCAUGGAACUUUCCAUCAAUGUUUUGCCGCCAGCAAAAGGCACUUACAUUAUAAGCAUCAGAAUGGGAGCAUGGAUUCUUAUAUUUGAAACAGGGCCAAUGGUGUAGUUACAGAAAUGUAUUCCUAACCCUUGCAGAAAGUGUAGCAACAUACAGAACUAUUGAAGCAUUGCAACAUGGGUUUAGAAGCUGAAAUAAGUAACAGUCAAAACAUCAAAUGCAAUGCUUGAAGCACUAACAGUUGCUCAAAACAUUACGUCAUUGGUUUAGGCCAGCCGAGAUGGAUAAGGCCAAACUGGUCUGUUUAUUCUGCCUAAACUGCAAUUGCGUUUUAGCUCCACCUUCAGCUUACUCUUCUGUCGUUGUAGGAAGAGGGAAGUUCAAUUUUUGGGCCGAUGUUAUUGUUAUAGCUUCCUAUGAGGCCAUUGCCCUGACAAGCAGCUGAACAAAGGACAUGAAAUUGUCGGUGUCAGAGAAGUUGGAAACAAGCAUCAUGAGACCUAGAUUGAAGCCUAGCAAACUUGUCUCGAUGAAUAAUGCCUUAAUGUCACGGUGGGAGAGUAAUCACAGAUCAUUUAGUUUACGUCACACUUUUUUAUGUUUGAGAUUAUUAUAUUAUAAAUUUUUUGUCUUAUAUUUUUAUAUUUUACACUAAUUUUUAUAAUAUUUUUAAGAAAAAUUUCAAUACUUUUUAAUUUAAAUAUUUUUCUAUUUUUUUU